UUGAUGACGGUGGCAGGCAGCGCAGGUCAGUAUCUGAGUGGUGUUACUGGGAGGAGGAGUGCCACUCAACACAAUAUCAUUUCCUCCGGCGACCUGCUGUCCAAAGACGGAAGAACAACUGAACAACCGAACAAAGCUACGGUAGUAUGAAAACCCGGUGAAGUAUACGCGAAUCGACGCUGGUUCAGACGCGCUUCUAACAUUGUUUUGAAGGCCUGUUGCUAGCCACGGGAAAUCCUCGGGCUAGCCCGGUAGACACCGGGCCGAAAGAGCGCAGAGGUCCGGGACGGGAGCUCCGUGGGCUGGUUUAAACGACCAGCUUUUACCGUCGCUAGCUUCCCUAUGUUCUAAUCAAAGGAAUACGUAACCUCUCCUGCUCCUCCCUGGCUCAUAUAAAUCAGCGUAACUCAAGACGCUUUGAGUUUGACAGAUAGCUAACAUUAGCUCUCCUGUGUUUACAAGCUAAAUCAGCCGCGGUCCUCUGAAGAAGUGCACUUAUGUGUGUUUGUUUCAGUUAACAUUUGCAUAUCUGGCUCCCACCGCCAGCCUGCUAGCUGGUGGUCAUAUGUAAGCCUGUUCUCCUUCUGUCUACGCCGACUGAAGGUCGCCAGCUAGGCAGCUAGCUAGAUCAGCAGGUCUACUAGCUGAGGUUAUCACAUCUUCAGGCUUAUCUACUGCAGCCAAAGUUGUGUUACCUUGUUCGAUCAAGAACAAUUGACCUUACCGAGUUGAAUACCAAAGCUAUCUAACCACCUCAAAGACAGUAUCCCGAAUGAAGGCUCACAGAGAAGUGUGGAUUUUGAUGCUGUCCGGACAUACAGGUGUCACCUGUUCUGCUUGGCAUUAAUAAUCCCACACCAGCGUCCAACAUCUGCUGCACCAGAAGCUACUGAUCUGCUGAUCGCUCUCUUGAGCUCACUUGCUCAAGAAAGAUCCUCAACUGAACAGACCACAAUGAAUCGUUACCUGCCGGUGGCACGACAGCACUUCCUGGCUGCCCUUGCCAGCACCAGUGUGGUGGUAAAAAGUAUAAGUGCUGUGGUGGUUCUCCUCUAUCUGCUGUCAUGGGCCGUGGACACUCCAUACUCACUGGGGGUGACCCCGGGCUACCUCUUUCCACCAAACUUCUGGGUGUGGACACUGGUGACCUAUGGGGUGGUGGAGCAGCACGUCUGGGGCGUGGCGGCCAACGUGGGGACAGUUAUGGCCUGUGGGCGCCUGCUGGAGCCUCUGUGGGGUGCUCUGGAGCUCCUGAUCUUUUUCGCAGUGGUCAACGUCUCUGCAGGCCUCCUGGCCGGCCUCUCCUACCUCCUCACCUAUGUCGCCACCUUUGACCUGGACUUCUUGUUUGCUGUGCGUAUCCACGGAGCAGCUGGGUUCCUGGGAGGUGUCCUGGUGGCGUUGAAGCAGACCAUGGGGGAUACUACAGUGCUGAGAGUGCCACAGGUGAGACUCAAAGCAGCACCAGCUUUAGUCCUGCUCCUCCUGGCCUUACUGCGCCUGUCUGGCCUGCUGGACAGCUCUGCCCCCCUGGCUGCGUACAGCUAUGGCGCCCUGUCCGGUUGGGUCUACCUACGCUUUUACCAGAGGCACAGCCGGGGCCGCGGGGACAUGUCGGACCACUUUGCCUUCGCUAGUUUCUUCCCUGAGGCACUGCAGCCAGCCGUGGGGCUGCUGGCGGGGCUGGUUCACGCCGCCCUGGUGAAGAUAAAGGUGUGCAGGAAGAUGGUGAAGAGAUACGACGUGGGGGCGCCUUCCUCCAUCACUAUCAGCCUGCCAGGGACGGACCCACAAGACGCAGAGAGAAGAAGACAACUGGCCCUCAAGGCUUUGAACGAGCGCCUAAAGCGCGUGGAGGACCAGUCUGCCUGGCCCAGCAUGGACGACGAGGAAGAUGACGACGACGAAGAGGUCAGAACCGACACACAGCCACUACUCCCGGGCGGGCGCGACCCCUCCUCCGCGGCGAGAUCAGCAGGGGGACCCAUCGGCGGCUCCCUCUCCUCCACCUCCUCGUCCUCGGUGUCACAGAGCAGCGGGGCGCAAUCGAUGGGCGGAGCGCAACACCCAGAGUCCAGCAUUAUCAGCUUCGAGGAUGCACCUUCUAGAUCGUAACAAAUAGAACACACGUGUACAGAAGCACGCUCCGUUCGGUGUCACUGGCAGGUUUUACUAGUGUAUUCUGACUAGUAUACAAAUAUAUUCAGUGACCGUGAUUAGGCACACACUCGAUAUCACACACGCCAACACACACAACAUCUUUGACGAGUUCAUACACACAGCCUGUGCGCUCACAAACACUCUGUCAAUGUCAUUGUGAAGCCCAAAGGGGUGGUAACUGUACAGUGCUUUCAGUUCAGACAUGUUGGUUGUAAAUGCUCAGUGUAGUUGGGCAAACUGGAUACUUAAUUCUUCUCCUCCUUCCCGCAUACGACGAAAUUCUGUCUUGUCUGGACUUAAUUCCAACUUGCAGAGCUCUGUCCACUGCUUCAUGUGUCUCUCUCUCUUGCUUUCUAAAUAAAUAACAAGAUGGGUGUACAAUAUUCUUUUUGUAAAUCUUUUUCGGAGCAGCCACACUUGUUCUCUGAUAGUCUACCACGAGAAAGCCGCCAAUGACAGAGACUCGCGCGCCGAAUUCUCGAUGAAAGGCCGACUCUACGCGCACCAGCGUUGAAAAACUGGCUGCAAUGGACAUUAGCUUUUGGUUCGCUGGUUCUAAAUAUAAAACCAGGUGUGUAAUGGAGGUUGAAGUGUGAAAAGCUCCAAUUGCUGGACCCGAGGAAAGAAGCUGCUGCAGGUCUGUCCUGCUAAUGAACUAUGAUACAAAACUUCAAGAUUUGAAGAGGUGCCAGGUGAAAAGAGUUUUCCAGACCAGGUUCAUUAGCCGCCUGGUGUCUCUCUGGAACAACAGGCAGAGAAAUGGACUAUGUACCCAUUUUUUUAAAUCCCUGAUACGUCAUUCAAUGGAGAACAAUUGUAUUUUUUUUUUUUUUUUCUUCUGGGUCUGUUCAUCUCUAAACAAAAUCCAAACCCUUUGUUUCUUUGCACUAAUAAGACAUGUUAAUGGCGUUACACUCACACACACAUCUGGGGGAUGAUGAUUCUUGUUUUGCUGAGGGAGUUUUUGGUUAACUACUCCUGGAACAUCAUCCUGCACUCUUGUGGGGUCGGAAAUGAUACAAGAAUCAGCAGUAGCUAUUCAAGUAUCUGGGUGCAUAUGAUGCAGUAGUCUGUCAUGGUUGUGUUAGUCAUUCAGCACCAUUACAAAGGCAGAGAAGGUUUGCACAUGCAGAGUUUCUGUGGUGUCAGACUCUUGUUGUAUCCCAGACACUGACUCGUGAGGAUAAAUGACUCUGUAGACGGAGUAUGUCUGCACUGAUCAGUCAGUCAGCCCAGUAUUUCCCAGUCACAUCCUUUGCACUUUCUAAAAUCACAGUGCCAUUCAGGGCCAGCGGGGAAUCAUUUUCGUGGCAGUUUGAUGGGCAGCUAAAUUGUUUCAUAUAAAAUGUUGGGUAAAUUCCGUGCAGACCAAAAAGGUCAGUGGUUCAUUCAUUUUGUAGACAGCCAUCGCUGUGGAUGUCGCAGUCUAUUAUGGUGAUGACCAAAUCAUUGAUUUCCCAAUUCCCUACCUGUUAAAGUCAGUUGCAGCCAAUAAAUUAUUUCAGACGUUGGGAUCACAGCAAUGACAAUCUGAUGAAUUACUUUUUCAACUUGUGAACUUGUGAUCACCAAGGUUGAAAUUGUUUCCAAAUUUGAAAAAGAACCACACUUCUGCGUUUUCAUAUUUAACAAGGAGGUUAAAGUGCCAAAGGCAACGUCCGUUUUAUCUCUCACCCCACCCUCUUCCCUGUAUAAGUGGCCUCGUAGAUUAAGUUGCAGGUUGUUCCUGGUCUGACAGCUGUUGUGUCUUUGUAGGUAGCCAAUGUGUUUGUUCCACAAACCAUCUCGGACACUUAAAGCAAUCUGAUUGAUGGUCACUGCUGUUUGGUUUUGAUUCCGGGGGCUAUGCAAAAUGUUGGGAUUAAGUACAGAAAUGUGCUGUUACAUGUUUAAUUUAAAUUUAAAGCUUUUCAUAUUUAAUAAUCUGACAUUUUCUUUGUGAAGAAUAAUCUUGCAGUGGCCUUUGCUGAUCAUUUGUCACCAAAAACGGACCAAACCAUCAGUUUCAAUGUUUAAAAAAAAAGACAGCUAGGUAUUUAUGACCUGCACUAUUAAUUAAUUAUUAUCCAAAUAAAUUCCAAAGCUGAGCACCCAGAAAAGAAUAUUCAUAUUUAUCAACAGCCUUAUUUAAAUAGCCCAGAAAUGCUGUGUAAACAUUCUAUUCAUAUUUGUGGUAGAUGAUGUAGGAAAAUAAGUUUGGGGUUCUGUGGAAACAAUAACCCCACAGACAGUCUCAAUUGAACUUGUUGGCUGACACAUUUUAUAGUGUAGUUCUGAGGAAGAACAUCACAUUUUGAUAAAAAGAGGAAAUAGUGCUGUAUGACUCGACUCCAUGACACCAGAUUAGGAACGUGUUCCUGGGAUAACACUGACACCACCUGAUAAAUUGAAAGGGGAAAAAAAAAAAAAGAUCACAUUAGCAGUCUGAUAUUCAAACUUGCAAUGGCUUUGAUUUUGUCCCCCUAGAUUGCCAACACAUGCUGACAGUGUGUUCCAGAUUAACGUUAUGAAGUCUGGAAAGUUCACAUUAAAUAUGUAGAGUUUGAUUUUGGAUUCUGAAGUCCAAGCUUCGAGAAACAGUUGCUUUUCACCUGACGGAAACGUGUUAUGUACGGGAAGUGAUAAGCCAUAUUAGAGUGAUGAAAUUCUGUGUGUUCUGUCCUGUGUUUCUCAUUGUUCCUUCUGCUCAUUUCACUGUGCUCUUACUUUAGCAAGAAGAAGUUUGCGUUGCACGUGUGGGGCCAUUCUUUAAUUACAUAUGAAUGAGUGAUGGUAUUUAUAUGAAUGGAGUCGUUCGGAGUGGAGAAGGUUGAGCUGCAGUCAAAUAUCUGAAAUCUCAAACUGCAACUUCUGAAGUAUUCACAGUAGUAAUGGAGGGAAAGUGUCCAAACCAACCUGUACAUACAGUAAUUACUGAUAGCAAUAGGAACAUGUCACCCUUUUAUGGUGUCAUUCCAGUAUUGUUGUUCUUGCAAGUUACUCUGGAAAUAGCAUGAUAUUUCUUUAGCUUAGCUGCCUGCACAACUCAGCUUGCCUCACAUAGUAAAAAUACAACAAUACGGCAAAACACACUCAAACAUGGACACCUGAAGAUAACUGUGAAGUUGUGUAAUCUGGUGUAGUUGUGUAAUGAUCAGUUAAAAGGCGUAGGGAUGUUGUAGUUGGCAGUCUUGAGAUUUCAGAUUGAACCUGGCGGUCUGACUUUCAGCCAAUCCUCUCCGUCCCCGUUCCCUUUUGUUUUGUUUUUUUCUCUUUCUGUAUUCCCAUUUGUUCUGGCUGUAAACAUCCUAAAUGAGAAGAAAGGAAUGCAAUCACAUACUGUCUUUGUGAAUAAUGUCAAUUUACAGUUGGUGUUGACAAACUAGAGAAGCUACAGGUGAGGAUAAUGAAUGAUGUCAGGACUGUCACUGGGAUUGUCAAACCCUUUUAGUCAAUGAACGAGCGCUAAAAUGCUCUCAUUGCAAUUUGGCUGCAUACACUGUUCAUACAUGUUGUUUUUUUUUUUCCUGUACACCAGAUUCUUGUCAUUAUUAAAGACACGCCACAGGCAGGUAGAUUAUUUUUAAACCUCAGCAGGUGCUUUCUCACUUUUACCCAAACAAUUAAAUUUUGUGGCCGACGGAGAGAACAGAUGACGCAGAUUGGUCUGCAUCUAACUGGUGAUCACGUCCCACUUGGAUGUCCAGUUUCUGUUGUACGAGUUACCGAUCUUUACGCAAAGUUAAUGGGCUUUUAAUGCAACCAGGAAAUAAAAGGUCCAACAAUUUAAAAUACUAGUUUUUAAAAGUUGUUCAUUUGCCAGUCCUCAUUUGCAGGUACUAAUUUAAUAGUAGCCAUUUCUGUAGUGCUUCAUAUGUUGCUACUGUUACGGGUCGUAACACUACACUGAAUAGUGCCUCUGUGCUUUCCUUUUGGAAACACUUCUGUUCUAGUUUUCAGAAGCAGUGGCUCCAUUACGAAAUCUCUUUAUAUGUAUAGUAAGUCGAGUUAGUAAUAAGUCGACACGGCAACGUGACUACAUUUGCAAAAUCAGUAAUCACUUGAAAUGGUUGAAUUUGAAUUUUUUAAGUGUUAUAUUCAAGUAUUCUGGUAGCUUGACUUAUAUUUUAGCCACUUUGGCAGGCAACACAUUCCCUAAAAUAUAACUGUUUGGUGAAAUAGUGACACCAGCCUCCAGGACUUGUGGAUGAAAGCUGUUUUCCUACCCUAAAAUGAAUGACAGAUUGCAUAAAAUUCAUUCACAGCAAUGUUUUAGUUUUUUUUAAUAGUUUUCACUACUUUCAUUUUCCUUAUCUGUCCCUACUUUCACACCUACAGGUCUUGUUGUUACUAAUGACAGUCUAUUUCCCUCUUUACUGUGGCUGUUGCACAGACUUUUCUGUUUUAGUUUUCAAAUAUAUUUCUUUAUCUAUAUGAAAUAAAAGACAAUUGUAUGAAAUUAAAA